AAGAAAUGUAGAAAUACUGUCGCUACGCCGCUCCGUUCCCCAAGAUGUUUUUUCUUGUUCACUUCCUGUUACCUUGGAUUUCUUAGAGCGCCUCUCACGACAUACAGCAGAGAGCUAGGUAUUUCGUAUCCCGAAUCCUUUUUUUGACACCGCAUCCCAUCACCAGCAUCGGCAAAACACAACACAACCAUGCCCUUCUUCUCCGGUCGACCCCGCGAGCCCUCCCCGGCCCGCAACCCAGCCCCACAACAAGUCCCGGCCGAAGACCCUCCCGCCCAGAACCGAAAAAACAACGGCGGCGGCGGCGGCGGCAUCUUCCACCGACGCCGCUCCCCAACCCCAACCAACAACUACGGUGCCGUCCAAGCACCACCACCACCACCAGCCCCAGCCCCAGCAUCCCGCAACGAGCGGAGGAACGGAUCAGGAGGAGGCGGCCUCUUCCACCGCCACCGCCACCGCCACCGCUCCCCAUCCCCAUCCCCCGCCUCCGCCUCCGCCUCCGCGACACGCGUCACCACCGCAACCCAGUCCGUGUCCUCCCUCUCCUCGUCGUCGUCGAGCGCCUCCGACCGCCGCCCCCGCCGCCGGGGCACUCUCCUCUCCAAGUUCGGCGGCCGCGGCCACGGCCACCGCGAUGGCGAUGGCGAUGGCGACGGCGACCUGGACCCUUCCAUCGUCGGGGCCCGCGAGCGCGUCAUGAGCGCCGAGGCCGCCGAGCAGGAUGCCGACCGCGCGCUGGCCGCCGCGAGGCAGAGCGUCGCUGCGGCGCGGGAGGAGAUGAGGCGGCUGGAGGCCGAGGCCAAGGAGGAUGCGCGCCGGGCCAAGAUCAAGUCGUUCCAUGCCAAGGAGGUUUCCAAGAGGGGGAAGGCUCUUGGGCGCUUUGGAUGAGCUGUGCGAGCUUGAUUUGCUCUUUUGCUUUCUGUCUGAUACCCGCCCCCCCCCUCUUGCGAUUUUCGAGAUGUACUCAAGCGAAUUUUCUGUUGAUGUUGCCUCAUCCCCCUGUCCUUACUGUACAAACGACAG